AUGCAUCCACAUCUCCACACUGAAGAAGUCCAAAAGAGCUGCGCAGAAGUCGUUGCCGCCCUCGAUGAAUGCCACGCGCGCGGGUUUAUCUGGAAAGUCACCGGCAAUUGCACCGACGCAAAGUAUAAAGUGAACAUGUGCCUCAGAGGGCUGCGGCUCGAGCGGACAAAGCAGAAUCGCGAGGCGGCCAAGGAGAAGCGACAGAAGAUCGAGAAGGUGUGGGCCGAGUUGGAUGCGAAUAAAUAA